AUGGCCUCGCAGUUCUGGUCCUCGGCGACCCAAUGGAAUCGGUUGCAGUUAUCGAUCUUGGCCGUCCUGUGUCGGGCUCGGCUGGUGGUCGAGGCGGUCGUAGAGGGUUCAUCGGUCACGGUGCCUACCACACAAUACUCCUUGCCCGCAUCGAGACCGGCCCAAGUGAUACUAGGGUUCAACGACUUGAGCUCAUCGACUGACGGGACUCCCCAGGAUAACGCAAAGCUUUCGCAGGUGGUGCCUGGGUCAGGGGUUACGGAAAGCACGCAGGUGACGAAACGGCGUGACAAGGCACGACCGGGACGCCAUUGCUGGUGCGAGUCCAGCGAUGACGGAGCGUUUGAGAUGCAUCUUUGCAGACUUGGACUUGUGAUAUGUCCGAGUUGCAGCUGGACAAAUUGCGCGCAAGACUGCCUGUAUUACCUAGUCGCUGGUCGUCUGCCUCCUUCGCCGCCUUACUUCCCCCGUCGUGUUUGCGUUCCCGCCCUGGUGUCAGUCCGUCGCCGUGUUGUUACCCCUUGCCUCGUUGCGAUGCCCGACUCCGUUCAGCCCGACUCCGUUCAGCCCUUGGCCCCAGAGGCCAUCUCCACCCUCAUUGAUAAAGGUCGUAGCCUUUAUGAAAAGCUUGUCCGCCGGGUCCAUGACCCGUGCGAGGACUCAGAGCUCCCGGGACUUGAUCCCAACUAUUGUAUGAAACCUUAUGGAAGCGCCCCCGUCACCCGCACCACCGCCAUCCCCAGGCCCGCCAACCACACCAGAUCACCCUUUCUCAAGAAGAGAGGCCCGGCACCACCGAAGACUGCUCGCGAGUCAACAGUCGGCGUCAUCGCCCAGCACGCCAACUCGGAGGUCCCGCGCCAGGCACGGGCGAAACAUCUCGGCGCCGAGUCUCUUGACAUUCUUUGGAAAGCCAUGUCCGACGGCAAGCUCAUCCGCGGCUUGGUCGAGGGCCCGGUUCAUGAUGAUAUCCCCGAUAAAAACGGCUUGCACCAGGAGUUGCGCAGUGGCAUUGCCAAAACCUUCUUCGGCUUCGCAAUCCCCACCCUCUGGCGCUAUUCCCGAUUGUUCGCUUUUGUCAUGGACUGUGGCGUCGGCUGCAACGAAGACAAGGGGCCGCUGCACGAAUACAUCGACGCCGCCGUCAUGAACAAAACCGGGGUCUGCACCGACGGCAGACAGUACUAUCUGCUUUCCCCCUCGGGCAAGGCCGUAAAAGAUUGCUGGUGCCGGCACUACCGGGCUCCCGGUGAAUGUGACGACCUGGUAUGCGGCGAGAAGAACACGUUCUCCCCGCCGCCCGGCCUCGACGGGCUCGGCGGGAAUGCCUGGGGAGGCGUCCAGACAGCGGACCAGAUCAAGGGCUCUGUCCGCACGUGGAUCCAGAACGGCAAAAAGAACAGCGCCGCACUCGCGGACCCGGACAACAGCGCCACGGCCGACAACCUGCUCAAGGUCGACGUCACCACGCCGGGGUUCAUCCGCCUGCUCGUGUGCAGCCCCGAGCGCGCGUUCCAGUCCUGGGACACGGCCGAGCCGGGCUCCAGCGCCAACUUCCCUUGCGACAUCCCGCCGGGCCGCAACUUCUGCGACAUCUCGACUUUCGUGGGCCAGAUCAACGACGCGUCGCCCGCUUCGAGGGACUGUCUGCAGAUUAUCCGCAAUGUCGAGAACGACGGCAGUACGUAG